UUUCCAGCCAAGAAAACACAAAGAAACAGAGCAUAUUCCGCCUGUUCCAGCAGCAGAGAGAAGCAACCUAACAUCCAGCCCGGCCGCGAGAAAGAGAUCCCGCCGAAUCCCCAAACCCAACCACCGCUCCUCGCCCGCCUCCCCGGCGACCUCAGAUCUCGUCUGCGGCGGCGGCGGCGACGGCGGAGGCGGAGGGCGGGGAGUGGAGGCGAAGAUGUUCUAUGGGGCGAUGGUGUGGGAUCCGUGGCUGAUCGUGGCGCAGAUCGUCUGCCUGCAGUGCCUCUACUACCUCGUGCUCGGCCUCUUCAUGGCGCUCCUCGUCGGCACCCGCGUCCCGCGCCUCACGCUCCUCUACCUCUUUGACUUCGCCACCCUCACCCCGCGCACAACCACCGGCUGGUGCGCCAUCGCCUCCUUCCUCCUCGCCGCCAUCGCGGGUGCUGGAUUCAUGUUUUAUGUCAUUGAGAGAGCCAAGAAGUGCCUGGACUUUGCAGCCACCCUCCACAUCAUCCAUCUGUUUAUUUGCAUUAUUUAUGGAGGAUGGCCAGCUUCAGGUACAUGGUGGGUUGUUAACAUUGUUGGUUUGGCAAUCAUGUCCCUCCUUGGUGAAUACCUAUGCAUCAGGCGGGAGCUAAAAGAUAUUCCAGUAAGGCUUCGCGCAAGUGUUUAAUCUCAAAGGCUAAAGGAGUAUAGGUGGUUUUCAACUGUUGUUACCCCCCAAGAGAUGCUUGUUAAUAUCUGCCCUUAGGAAUACAGAGACCUGCGAUUCUUUGUUCUGUGGUUUACAACCUAUACUGUUGAAUCCUGCAAAUAUCUUUGCUGUUGUAAUGCAUGGCCUCUCAGUAGAACCACCAUAGGUAAUGACGUUGCGAGUGAGGCUUCUGAACUACCACCAUUGGAAUGGGAUGGCAGCUCAUUUUUUGUGGCAUGUAUCAAGUCUUCCUCUCUUAUGGAUAGUCACAGAAGAAAGGUUUCUGCUUGACAAUUUGUAUGACUAGAUAACAAUACCUUGAAAUUGCUCUUUAGCGAGAUUGAUAAUGCGAAUUUGGUCGCACAUUUUGAUUC